AUGAGACUGCACUAUUUGGCGUCUCAUUUUAAUACUCCUCAUAGUAAAAAUUUAUUACAGCAGAAAAACAAGUUGAACUUAAUAACAAAUUUAUUCGAUAAAUGGUACUCAGUUCAUUGUGUUAUAUUAUCAAUAUGUAUCUGGAACUACUUUGAAUUAUUUAUAACGAGCAGACGUAACACAACUGUUGACUUAAUGUACUUUAAAUAUAAUAAAUCUCUGAUAGAAUAUGAAAAUUCUUAUUCAAUGCAGUCUGAAUGGUGUUUUUCGUCAGCUACCUUUCUCAAUCAUACCAAAAGUUAUGCAAUGGUGGACAAAUCUGUUGACGUGUUGUAUGCAACAUGCUUUUUACUGAUGAUUGUGGGUAUUUUAUUAUAUGUUGCGUCGUUUAAGCAACAAUGUAUUAGACAAAUCACUGAUUGCAGAGUACUCUUUCGGCUUCGAUUGACAACACUUUUUAUGAUCGUCGGUUCAUCUAUUUCUAAUCAAUUGAUAUCUGCCUUUACUUGUCGGCCCAUUGAAAUGUUAUAUGACAAAAGAUAUACUCUAAUCAUUGGUACACAAAUGCUUGUUUUAAUAGCGAGCCUUCAUUUUGCUUAUGGAUUUGGUAAAACAUUUGGAUCGCUUGUUGAUCCAUAUAAGUUUCCCAAAAAGUGUACGUCAAGAAACAUCAACGAUCGUGUUCCAUCUUUAUCUCAAAUUUGUGAUAUCCCUUGA